UUUUUUUUUUUUUUUUUUUUUUUCAUUAAAAUGUUGUCAAAAUUACCAAGAGAUAUUUUAUUGCAGGAUAUUCUUAUAUUACUGGAUAGCAAAUCAUUAAUUAAUUUAUCAAUGGUAUCCACAUAUUUCAAUUAUUUAGUUAAUGAUCAACAUAUUUGGAAAAGAUUAUGCCACCAAGAAUUUAAUAUUUCUCAAGAUAAUGCAUUCAGAAAUAAAGGCUGGAAGCAACUUUAUAUUGCCUUGUUAGUGGACACCCGAGUAUUUACGUGGGGAGAGAAUCAGGAUGACAGGCUUGGGUUAACCCCAAAAGUCUCUACAGACGCGUUUCAGUUCAACAUUCGUAACCCGCGUACGAGGUAUCCAAGAACCGUGACAACUCCUCAGGAGGUAGCUUGUUUACAGAAUAAAGGUAUCAUAGACAUUGUAUCAGGAGGUUGGUCAUUUCAUGCAUUAGAUUCUUCUGGUUCUGUAUGGAUGUGGGGAACAAUGCAGCAAGAAAUAAGCCCUCGUAGGUCGAUAGGCACACGACGCUUACUGACACCCACAAAGAUACAGGAAUCAAACACCACACAACCCACCAUUCACUUCAGCUCCAUUUCAAGUGGAAGAGCUCAUGUGAUUGGCUUGGCGAGAGACGGUUCAGUAUGGCAUUGGUCCAACCACAUCAUGUUACAACGGGUCGACUUGAACCUGGACGGAGACGAAAAAGUUGUACAGGUUUCUGCAAACUGGACCAAUUCUUCUGUAUUGACAAAUCUUGGUUUUAUUUACGUCAUUCCUUCACCCGACAUGAUCCUACCUUCCAAGGUCGAGGAGGAACCUGAGCCAACGCAUGUUGUCGCAGACAGAAUCGGUCGCGACAUUGUUCAAAUUGCAGGUUUAGAUAAUUAUACUUUGGCUCUCACUAAAGACGGCCGUGUGAUGAAAUACACAACAACAGAUGCUACAGCUUAUCUUGCAAACCCCGAAGAAAAUACGGCUGAGCUUGUGAAAUUUAGUGCUGUACAACCUGAAAUCAAUCAUCGCGAUGGCAUCAUGAACAGGUUCAUUACCGGGGCCUUUAAUAAUUUUGCUGUCUAUACAAAAUCAGGCCAGGUAUUGAUUGGAAAAGCAGAUGCGGAUCCCACUACAGAUCCAAUUAUUUUUAGAGAAUUGCAAAAUAGAGAUGUGUGUAAAGUUUCGUUUGGAGAUUACCAUUUUGGUGCAGUGACAAACGAAGGAGAGUUGCUCACUUGGGGCAAUUAUAGUUCGGGUGCUUUGGGUCAUGGCAAUAUGCAGCAGACGUCCCAACCCACACCCAAGAUUGUGGAAGCGCUCAGUUCCAUGUUUGUAUUUGCCAUUGGCUUUGGUGGUUGGCAGAGCUCAGUCCUGGCCAUCCCCAAUGGACCCGAAGGUGACACAAGCGACGAAACAGUAGAUGAUAACUUUAUAAGAACCGAUCAAUAAUAAAAAAUUCAUGCUUCAUGCAACCUUAUA